AUGCCAACCGUGCUUCAAGGCACCCGUCUCGACAAGCAAGCUCACUGGAAGCGCUGGUAUGCCGCGCUGCGGGCACACGCCAAGCGCCUGGGUCUGUGGGAGUACCUGGACCCCGCGAACCCGGACAAGCCCUGCGACUGGAAGACCAAGUCCGCGCCGCCGCCGGGCCCGCGCUUCGCCGACUUCGUCCGCCAGACGGAGCAAACUCCCACGAUGCAUCAGCAGCAGCAGCAGCAGCAGCAGCAUCAGCGGAAACCCGACAGCCAGCCGGGGAUACCCGAGAAUCUCGUAGACCUGCUUGAGCAGCCGCGGGUGGACGGCGGGCUGAUCGACUCCGCGCCGGUCCCGUCGCACGUUCGCCUCGAGGGCCCGGAGGACUGGGCGGUGUGGUCCAAUAUGUUGGAAGCUAGUGCGAAGGCCAUGCAGCAUUUGGAGUUCGACCUCAAGGUGGACGAAAUCAACAGGAUGGCGAAGCACAAGCCGGAUGACUAUGAAGUGGAUUAUGAGGGGUUCGCGCUCGCUGGACUCGAAUGGAAGGAGGAGUGCGAGGAACUGGAAGGAUUGUACGACGCGCGGUACUGGCUCGUCUUGUGGAUUCUCUCGACCGUUUCGAAGGAUUACCAUUUGGCGUACUGCAAUGCUGCGGAGGACGUCGAUGCGUGGAUUGCGAAGUUGUAUGCUCGGUUUCAUUGGGAGAAGAGGCGAUAG